UCAAAUCUUACCUCUAUUGAAACUUGCAAAACCUCUUUUGAUAUGAUUCUAAGUUCAAUUGUUCAUAGUCUUCUCAUCCUCUCAAUGUAUCGUAACUAAAAGUAUCUUUAAAAUAAACCAAAAAUCCUGUUAUAGCAAGAUCAAAGUAGAGAAAAUGAGUACUAUAGUAUUUGUAAAAUCACUAUUCUUCUAUUAGUUCCAUAGGUAAAAGGUAAUGACAUUGUAAGAAACCUUCAACUUCCAUCAGUUCUUUACCUUCAAACCUAGUUUUUCUCAUCCCCAUAAACAAUUCACCUUGAAAAUACAUAGAGAAAUAUAGAGAAAGAUAGAUGCUAAAUGAAAAGAGAGACAGAUUUGUUUGUAAAAAUGAUCAAAUGAUGUUGUUAAUGAUGAUGAUCAUGAAGAUUAAGGGUUCCCUCUUAGUACCCAUUUGAAGAACUGUGGAAUGUCACAUAAAGAAUCAUUUCCAGAACAAUCCUAAAGAGCAGAUUUCUUGUUCCUGUUUUCUUCUUUUCUGUUGUUAUUGACCAGAAUCAUAUGGCCCCAAUUGAUCCCUCCACUGAACCAUCCAAGGAAGUGUAUAAUCAUGGAAUGGCUCUUGAUCCUUCAAACAAUAGAGUCCAAUGCUGUUAUUGUGGUAAACUUGUUACCGGGUUCAAUCGCCUUCAGCAUCACUUAGGAGGGAUUCGUGGGAACAUAGUUGAGUGUUCCAAUGUUCCAGAUGAGGUCAAGAUUUUUUUUAGGGAAAGUUCGCAUGCUGUGAAACUAGAUCACUCGGUAAAGGAAAUUGAAGAGUUGGAUCACCCAAGUCCUCCUCUUAAGAGGUUUUGCACUUCUAAUUCGAAAGUAAAUGAAGUGAAGUUAGAACAGUCCGUAAGGUAUCAAAACGGCAUCCAUAUGGCUAGAAAUAAGUUGAGGAAACCGAGUUUUUCAUACAACGGAAUGCUAACUUCUCAAAACGUUUAUUCAGGCAAAGAUGGGCAAGAUCCUAACUCCAUUAUGGGUAAAAGAAGUAUUGGUAGGUUUUUCCUUGAGAACGGGAUUGACUUUUGUAGUGUUGAAUCACCAAGUUUUGUAAGUAUGAUGAGCAAUUUUCUAAUUGGUGGUGAGAUGAAGAGAUGUAUCCCUAGCAUUCGUGAGCUUAAGGGUUGGAUAUUCGAUGAUGAGUUGCAUGAGAUAGAAAAAUACGUGAAGAAUAUCCGACUUUCUUGGCCUCGUACUGGAUGUAGCAUACUUCUUGAUGGGUGGACCGAUCAAUCUGGUAGGAGUCUCGUAAAUGUUGUAGUCGAUUCUCCAGAGGGUCCCAUUUACCUCCGAUCAGCUGAUGUAUCACCCUCAACUGGGGCUAAUGCAUUGCAGGAGUUGCUCGAAGCUGUUUUGGACGAACUGGGUGUGAAGAAUGUAGUUCAGAUUGUUGCUCACACUAGUUCCGAUAGUUUAGAGGAAGUUAGCAAGCACAUAAUUGAAAAGUAUAGGUCACUUUUUUGGACUGUUAGUGCUACACAUUGCAUAUCACUUAUGUUAGACAAAAUUGCGAUGAAUGAUUCCAUUCGACUGACCUUGUAUAAGGCAAGACGGAUUACUAAAUUUAUUUAUAGCCGCGCUGUGGUACUUAAGAUGUUGAGAAAAUAUAUUAACGGUUAUGAUCUGGUGAAAUCCUUCAAAGUAAAGGCAGCAGUGCCGUUCUUGACAUUAGAGAAUUUGUUGGCGGAAAGGGAUAACCUAACGCUUAUGUUUAAGUCCUCGGACUGGUUGAACUCGGUUUGGGCAUCAAAAGUUGAAGGUAAAAUAGUUGCGAAUUUGAUCAACGACGAUUCCUUUUGGGAUGGGGUGAAUUUUGCUUUGAAAGCAUCCGUUCCGUUAGUGAAGGCUAUAUCCUUGAUUAAUGGGGAUAGUAAACCCCAUAUGGGAAUCUUAUAUGAAACGAUGGAUCAAGUUAAAGAGACAAUCAGUGAGGAAUUUAAUGGAAACAGAUCAAAGUAUACCCCGUUUUGGAACAUUAUUGAUGAGAUAUGGAACAAGAUUCUUCAUAGUCCCCUUCAUGCUGCUGGUUACUUCCUUAACCCAAAGCUCCAUUUUGCGGAAGAUUUUUGUUUCGAUACUGAAGUUGCUAGUGGCCUCCUGGUCACUAUUGUUCGUAUGGCUGGAGAUAAACGUAUUGAGGACUUGAUAUCUCAACAGCUUGAUGUGUAUGGUAAACGUAAAGGUGAUUUCAAAAUCGGGACUGAUAAUAACAGCCAAGGAUCCCUUUCCCCAGCUACUUGGUGGUUGCGUUUCGGGGAACACUGUCCCGAACUUCAAAACCUAGCCGUCAGAAUCCUUAGUCAGACCUGCAACGGAGCUGAAGUUUAUGGACUUAGACGGGCCAUAGCCGAGCGCCUCUUAUCGAGUGGGGAAAAUGUCAUCGAAAAUAGACGACUACAGAAAUUGGCGUAUGUUCAUUACAAUCUCAAGUUAAAGCAAUCCAAGAAGUUGGCAAAAUUCAGCUUCAUCGACGAUGAGAUCGACACAUUAGAUGACUGGAUUGUAGACGAAUUAUAUAAAACCGACACAGAUGAGUCUGAACGAACGUACUGUGCACAUCCAGACAUGCACUCUGGCAGCACGCUAAAUGCCCUUAACAAAAGCUGCCCUUCUCGUGUUGUUUUACCAACAGUAGACCCGAUGUUGAAAGUCUAAUGUGUCCGGUUUCACUUGUAAUGUUGAAUGAUGUACGAAAUGGUCGAUUAUGCGUCUUUUUCGGUCUUUUUGAGAAUCCAAAAUCGGAAGAUUAGAGCAAAUACAGUGUGUUAUUGUUCUGUUUAUUUUGCAUAAGAAAGAAAUGAUGUAUUGUAGUUAGAUACAUAGGUUGGUGGACAGACUAUCUCAGUGUCGUAGAUUUGUACAGUCGUAGUUCAUUGUAUACCGUUGUGAACUUCAUCUGUCAAAAAUAUUUAUUGUAUGUUUUGAGUAAUUGAAUUAUAAUGGACUUUAUAAAAUUAAUUUUAUACGUGAUAUUAUGCACUUUUGUUUAUGUGAAGUUGUCAAU